GGUUCUGAGCAGGGAAGAGAGACUGUCUACACAAAUAAGGCAUUUUUCAAAGACGUAAAUUAUGAGUUCCCAAAACAAUACGACAUCUCAACCACAUGGAGAAGUCGAGAGCCCCACAGCUGGAGCAGAUGUGGCUGUUAUUGGAGGUAAGUGGCAGACCAUACUAAGAAGCAGCAUUAGAAUUAAAACAGCAGGUGUGAUUGCUGCAGUGGUAUUUGUCCUCAUUUGCCUGCUGGUGGUGAUGGUCCGGUACAUGUACAGGCAUAAGGGCACCUACCACACCAAUGAGGCAAAAGGAACUGAGUUUGCCGAAAGUGCGGAUACCGCUUUGAAAAAUGACCCUGCUCUCCAGGAAGCAGUGGAUGAGAGCAAAAAGGAAUAUUUCAUCUGAGAUGCAAGAUUUCCAUGGAGAUUUCCCCAAGGGCAUCAAUCAGAAAUGUUACAUCAACAGAAGCACUAAGAGAUGGAUAAUAUGAGGAGACAGGCAAGCAUCCUAAUUGAAAAGUAUCUCUUUACUUUUUUUUUGUCACUGGGUUGUUUCUUUUCCUCUACCAGUGAAGAACUAAAUGCCAGAUACUUGCCUGUUGAUUUUAUUAGCAACACAGCUGGUCACAGUUGAAAUCAAUAUCAGAUAAGAAGAAACAAAAUCUCAGUAUGAGUGAUACACCAAAACCAGAUAAAGAUAGCAAAUGUCAAGCCUUGACAUUUGGUGAAAAUAGCAGAUGCCAAAGGAAAACAUCCUCUUAGAGUUAAUGAUGUAUCCUAUGUUGAUAUGAUACAGAACUACCUGAAAUUGAAUUUCAAAUGGUAACAGAACAAACAUUAAACUAGAUGAAGCUGAUGUAGCUGGAACGAAAAUUAAUCUAUAUCCCAGAUAUCUCCCCAUCCCCUUAAAUGUGCAAUUUUAUUGGCAUAGGGGAGUUUGUUUUGCUUGUUUGGGGAUUUACAUUGGGAUUUGUAAAAAUUUUUGCAUUUUAUAUAUAGAAAACUCAAAGACUUCAAAGAAAUGAAACUGUUGGAAAACA